AGUCAGCGAAUCCGAAAGGACCUAAGCCCUCGUUGCUCGGCGACAAGUCCCGCCCCGCAGGCGGCACCGGAAGUGGCAGGCCGGGAUCAGCCUUUAAGAUGGCGUCUCCUCAGGGGGGCCAGAUUGCGAUCGCGAUGAGGCUUCGGAACCAGCUCCAGUCAGUGUACAAGAUGGACCCGCUACGGAACGAGGAGGAGGUCCGAGUAAAAAUCAAAGACUUGAAUGAACACAUCGUCUGCUGCCUGUGCGCUGGCUACUUCGUGGAUGCCACCACCAUCACAGAGUGUCUCCAUACUUUCUGCAAGAGUUGUAUUGUGAAGUACCUGCAAACCAGCAAGUACUGCCCCAUGUGCAACAUCAAGAUCCACGAGACACAGCCACUGCUCAACCUCAAACUGGACCGGGUCAUGCAGGACAUCGUGUACAAGCUGGUGCCUGGCUUGCAAGACAGUGAAGAGAAGAGGAUUAGAGAAUUCUACCAGUCCCGAGGCUUGGACCGAGUCACCCAGCCCGGCGGGGAAGAGCCAGCCCUGAGCAACCUCGGCCUGCCCUUCAGCAGCUUUGACCAUUCGAAAGCCCACUACUAUCGCUAUGAUGAGCAGCUGAGCCUGUGCCUGGAGCGGCUGAGUUCUGGCAAAGACAAGAAUAAAAGCGUCUUGCAGAACAAAUACGUCCGAUGUUCUGUUAGAGCUGAGGUUCGUCAUCUCCGGAGGGUCCUCUGUCAUCGCCUGAUGCUAAAUCCCCAGCAUGUGCAGCUCCUUUUUGACAAUGAAGUUCUCCCUGAUCACAUGACCAUGAAGCAGAUAUGGCUUUCCCGGUGGUUCGGCAAGCCCGCCCCUUUGCUUUUACAGUACAGCGUGAAAGAGAAGAGGAGGUAGGGGCCAAGCCCCUGCCCCAUCCCUCUCCCUGCCCCUCCCCAGAUAUUUAUGUGAAAUUAAUUGUGGCUUUAUUUUUUGAAAUAAAAACUUUUAAAAAGCA